UGAACAACAACAAUCAAGCUUCCGGUUGUUCCCCAUUCUUACUAGAGAGUUCACUAGCAUGUUCUUGUGAGCGUAAAAUCAACAAGUUUAUGUAUAAUAGAUUUACGUGUACGCUAGGUACAUUUUAUUAUUUUGUUUGUCGUGGAAUAAGAGCACCGAAAGAGCUAUUACUGACUUUGAUACACCGCUUUAUUUGACCAUUACACUGCGGACAACUUCCAAUACGGGUUAUUAUGAGCGAAGGAGAGGUUUUCCAUGAGAAGCAGCGACUGGAGUUGUGCGCCAUUCAUGCUCUAAACAACGUUCUGCAAGAACAAGUGUUCACCAAGGAGACGGCAGAUGACAUCUGCAAGCGGCUAGCUCCACAAUGUGUGGUGAACCCUCACCGCUCGAUGCUGGGCACAGGCAACUAUGACGUCAACGUCAUCAUGGCUGCCCUACAGAGCAGAGAGUUGGCUGCAGUAUGGUGGGACAAACGCAGAACAGUACAGAGUCUCUGUGUUGACAAGGUCCAGGGGUUCAUCCUGAACGUUCCGUCACGUGUCUCUCUCGGAAUUGUGUCCCUCCCCGUCAAGCGGCGGCACUGGCUUGCAGUGCGCCAGGUUAAUGGACACUACUACAACCUCGACUCCAAACUAAAGAGUCCUGUCUGCAUCGGGAACGAAGCAGGUCUCCGUACAUUUCUCAGUGAAGUUCUGUCUCCGGACGUGGCAGAGAUGCUCCUGGUUGUGAGGAGGGACGUGGAGGAGUACGGAACAUGGCUGAACUCUGAUGACCUUAGGAAGUGAUUCCUCUGGCCUGGGCAUUCCUUCAUUCAUUCAGCAUGGGACUCAAAACUCCUGCUCUACUCUGGAAAAACAAAUAACAUUUUAGAAAACAAGAGGCGCUUAACAAAAAGUAUAUAUUUCAGGAAAUGCAUUACCGGUUGCUGAGGAGUGUGGGGACUCUUACACACACACACGAAGUUCCAGAGAGAAUUUAAGAUGACGGGAUUUCUGUCCCAAAUGGCUUGUUUGUAACAGUUUACUGGCUGUUUGGAUUUCUACACUACAGCUGCAUCUAUAUCCUCCUUCUCUCUCUUCCUUCUUCCGCGGCUAUGCACUGCACUGUCGAGGUAGAUCAGUUAGAACUGGUUUGUCUUUGGUAUUCUAUGUACAGAGGAGGAACUGGAUGUCAUGUUGACAACUGACUGUGUGAAAAUAAUGCUUCUAUGUUUGUGGUCUGUCUGCGUCUACAUCUAACUAUGCAUAUCCAAGUGAAUGGGAGCACUGUCUUUCUGUUACACGCACUCAAACUACACGCACUCAAACUACGCGCACUCAAACUACGCACACACAAACUACACACACACUCAGAGGAUAUAAAGAAAAUGUUAUUUAUAUGUAACGAUGUGUCUCGUCUUUGAGGUUCAGCAGUUGCAUUCACAGUUGAGUGACUUAAACAAGGCCAAACUUUAUUCAUUGUUAUUAUUUUAUUUAUAUUAGACUCUGGAGUGAAAAAGGAUGCCAUUCAAAAGAAGCAUUGAUUAUACCAUACAAACGCAAUUCAAAGGUUAACAAGGUCAGUAGGCAAGGAGGGUGUUCAAUGAAAUCUGACAUCACAUAUGUACAUAACAUCUUAUAGAGACCCCGGAAACCCACUGCUAUAUAGUUAUUAUUGCUAUUUACGGUAGGGCUACUGUAGCACCAGUGGCAGGAGUUUUAUUGCUAUGUGCCUACUGUCAUUGCAUGGGAUUUGUAGUUCUAACGGUCUCAUGGUUGGGAGUUGUAGUUCUCCAUUCAGCCUACAAAGAGGAGGUACUAUAGCCCUCUCUUGAAUUUUCUUUUUAAGAGCAAAGUUUCAUGAGGGGGUGGGCAACUCCAGUCCUUGGGGACUUGGCGCACAUUCUGCACCUGACUCCAAUAAUCGCCUAAUCAUGAUCAUUAGUUUAGAAUGCAAUUAGUUUAAUCACCACUCCGGCCCCAAGGACUGGAGUUGCCCAUCCCUGAUUUAUAUAAUGUCAUCAACAGUGAAAUGUAUAGUAUCAGAAGGUAAUACAUGGGAGAUACAGAAUUUUCACCUAUUAAAAAGUAAAUCAAAUAAAAAUUGCACGUUGAACACCAA